AUGGUUCUUCUUGAGGCAGCUCAAACAAAUCUAAGGAGAGAAAGCCAAACCUUGAGCAUCCAAAGCGCAGCAGAGUAUAUAAGACUGCCCAACACUGAAUCAGCCAUCAGACUACCGCCAAUCUCAUUGCCGGAAUUUGACGGUGACUACAAAAAGUGGCUGAAUUACCGGGACACAUUUGAUUCAUUUGUCCAUAAGCACAAGGACCUCUCGGACAUUCAGAAAUUGCACUAUCUCAAAACCUCGUUUUGCGAAAUGAAGCGGCACAAGUCAUCGAAUCGUUGGAGACAACAGCUGCGAACUAUUUACCCGCCUGGGAGCAGCUGCGUGAGCGAUAUGACAACCAUCGUAAAAUGGUCGGAGGGCACAUCCACGCACUAUGCAGCAUGCCAUCAAUAA